AUUUUAAUGGAUUUUAUAGAGGAAGAUGAAAUAGGAUAGCUUUGUUUGACAAAAGAAUUUUCAAAAGAAGUGAGCUUGGAUUCGUUCGAAAUGAACUGUGUAAUAGGGAAAGGAAAAUAUGCAAAAGUGUUAUUGGUGAGAAAAAAGGAUACAAAAAAACUUUAUGCAUUAAAAGUGCUAAAGAAAUCUGGUUUAAAACAAGAUGCACGAAUAGAACGCAAUAUAAUGGUUUGGCUUAUCUAAUUAAGAUUGAAAUUUAACAUCCAUUCAUAAUAAAAUUAGUGUACGCGUUCCAAAGUGUUAGCCAUUUGUAUUUUUGCAUGGAAUAUUGUCCAGGUGGAGAAAUGUAUUAUCUGUUGAG